CCUCAAAGUCCGCGGAUUUUGGUUUUCUUUGCCUUUCCGUGGCAAUGGCUUCGGAGCAAGAGACCGAGUUUACCGAGCUUUGCGGCUUCCUGCAGGAUCAGAAGCCGGAAGUGCGGCGCUUUGCGGCCGAGGGGGUGCUCAGUCAGACGGAGGACACGGACUUCCUGGACUUCUGCCGCCGCCAGCCGCGCACCUGCGCCCGGCCGCUGCUGCGCUUGGCCGAGAAGGCGGAGGCGGACCGCGCGGAGGCGCUGCGCCUGGGCGACGCGGCCGCUUCGGCCUCCGGGGCCUCCGGGUCGAAGGGCGACCGGGCGGCCGCGCUGGCGGCGGCCAGCACACUGGCGGCGGGGGUCGCAGCCUUAAAGGCCCUGGUGAACCUCAGCGCCGUGCCGGCUGUGGCUGAGGAGCUGGUGGCCCUGAACGCGCCGAAGCGCGUGGUGGAGGCCCUGCGAGCCGGUUGGCUGGAGGGCCGGGCGGAGAUGGCUCACUGGUUCGCCAUGCUGCUGGCCAACGUCUCCACCUGCAAGAAGGGCCAGGAGGCCCUGGUGGCUGACGAGAGCAUGCUGAAAUUCCUGGUGGCCGCCUAUGUCACCAAGCCCCGCCUGCCCCCGCGCGAUGGAUACGAGGACCCCCUGCAAUGGCUGGGGAAGACGUUGGUCAAUCUCCUGGUGCUGGCGGAAGGUCGGCGGUUGCUGGGCAAAGCCCAGGAGCUGCAGAUCCUCUUCAGCGAGCUGUCGGAGCGCCUGCGGCGGGUUGACAUGUCCCAGGCGGUGAAGAACGUGUGUCUCGACAUGGAGUGCCACGAGGCGAUCGUGGCCACCGAUCUGCUCUCGCAGCUGGUGAGGUUCCUCUGCCCCUGGGAGAAGAUGAGCGCGGAGUCCAGGGCGGUGCUGCCGGACAGCCUCAAGGAGUUGACCAAAGACGCCAGCCUCACCAGCGACCUGGGCAUCCGUUCCGCCUGCGCGGUGGCCUUGAUGGGCCUGUGCCGCUCGGAGCUCGGGAGGAGCUACCUGCGGCCCGGCACGGAGGUCUUCCGCUGCUGGCAAGAGCAGGAGCCAGAUGCCGCUGUCCAGGAUCACUUGGCGGUGGUCAUGCCGGGCCUACUGCUCACGGAGGAGGAGCUCAAGGAGGAGGAGAAGAAGUUGCAGGAGGAUCCCUGAGCGCAACUCAGCGAGUCGCAAAGCUGUCCAGGCAGACCCAUGCUAGCGAAGCUCGGUAAGGGUCUAAAUAGUUACCAUGAAGUGGUGGGUGACCAUGCGCUCUGAUUAAUAACCCCACCCCCCCACCCCCC